GUAUUCAAGCCCUCAUUUUACCUAACCUGGUCCAUAUUUAUGUAAUUAUAUUUUCGAAUAAAAAGUUUUCAAAUCCUUCCGACAUUGCAGAAGUAAACUGUAGUCCAGAUGAGUUUUUAUGCGAGGAUGGAAAGCAGUGUAUUCCCAAGACACGAUAUUGCAAUUUAGAAAAAGACUGCAGGGAUGGAAGCGAUGAAAUUGUCUACGAUUCGUCGAUAUUAAAACCAAAUGACCACAGAGUUAAAUGUAAAAGUUUUGCAAAAGUCGAUCACUUCUGCUUACUGGGAGGAAAAUUUGUUUUUGAUGAAGAGGAUUACUGCAAUUUAAACGACACACCGCCUGUUCAAGUUGCCUGCAAAGAAGGGUAUUUCAGAUGUUUGGAUGGAAAAAGGUGCAUAAAUUUUUUUGAUUUUUGCGACGAAAGAGUUCACUGCGAAGACGGAAGUGAUGAGAUAUUGUUCGACUCAGCGAUUCAUACACCAGACAACGGAGUGUCGUGUCAAAAUAAAUUUAGAGACAGAUUCUGUCUUCUACCACCCGAUUAUGAUUCUUCAAAGCAUUGCUUUUCUAUCGAAUUUGAUUGUCUUCCUGAAUGGUUUAUUUGUGCUAGUGGAACUCAGUGCGUUCAUAAAGAAUCAUUUUGUGACGGGAAUUCAUAUUGUCGUGAUGGAAGCGAUGAAGUUUUAUACAAUACUUCUAUUCACACCGCCGAUGAUGGUGUUCCAUGCCGAGGUUAUGAAGAUUUGACAAGAGUUUGUUUACUUCACAAUUCUGUUGCAGACAGAGAACAACACAUAUGUAAUAAAGAACGUGAGUGUCUAGUUGGAUACUUCAGGUGUUCUGAUAAAUCAAAAUGUGUUGAUAAAGAACGUUACUGCGACAGAUACCCAGAUUGUAGUGAUGGAAGCGACGAAAUUGUGUACAAUGCCUCGAUUCAUACAGAGGAAGAUGGUUAUUCUUGCUACAUGGAUGAAUGGCAAUAUCCAAAUUGUCUACUUCCCGUAGGAGGACAUCCGAAUCCGCAUAAUUUUUGUGAUCCCGAAGCACAUUGUGGUUCAGAUGGGUUCUUAUGCGAGGAUGGAAAGCAGUGUAUUCCAAAGACACAAUAUUGCAAUUUGGAAAAAGACUGCAGGGAUGGAAGCGAUGAAAUUGUCUACGAUUCGUCGAUAUUAAAACCAAAUGAUCACAGAGUUAAAUGUAGAAGUUUUGCAAAAGUAGAUCACUUCUGCUCAUUAGAAGGGAAAUUUGUUUUUGAUGAAGAGAAUUACUGCAAUUUAAAGGACACACCGCCUAUUCAAGUUGCCUGCAAAGAAGGGUAUUUCAGAUGUUGGGAUGGAAAAAAGUGCAUUCAUUUUCAUAAUUUUUGCGACGAAAGAGUUCACUGCGAUGACCGAAGUGAUGAAAUAUUGUUCGACUCAGAGAUUCACACACCAGACAAUGGAGUGUCGUGUCAAAACAAAUAUAGAGACAGAUUCUGUUUUCUACCUCACGAAUAUGAUUCUUCAAAGUAUUGUUUCUCUAUCGAAUUUGAUUGUCGUCCUGAAUGGUUUAUCUGUGCUAGUGGAACUCAGUGUGUUCAUAAAGAAUCAUUUUGUGACGGACAUUCAUAUUGUCGUGAUGGAAGCGAUGAAGUUUUAUACAAUGCAGCUAUCCACACCGCCGAUGAUGGUGUUCCAUGUCGAGGUUAUGAUGAUUUGACAAGAGUUUGUUUACUUCAUAAUUCUGUUGCAGAUAGAGAAGAACACAUUUGUAAUAAAGAACGUGAGUGUCUAGUUGGAUACUUCAGGUGUUCUGAUAAAUCAAAAUGUGUUGAUAAAGAACGUUACUGCGACAGAUACCCAGAUUGUAGUGAUGGAAGCGACGAAAUUGUGUACAAUGCCUCAAUUCAUACAGAGGAAGAUGGUUAUUCUUGCUACAUGGAUGAAUGGCAAUAUCCAAAUUGUCUACUUCCCGUAGGAGGACAUCCAAAUCCACAUGAUUUUUGUGAUCCCGAAGCACAUUGUAGUCACGAUGAGUUCUUAUGCGAGGAUGGAAAGCAGUGUAUUCCAAAGACACAGUAUUGUAAUUUGGAAAAAGACUGCAGGGAUGGAAGCGAUGAAAUUGUCUACGAUUCGUCGAUAUUAAAACCAAAUGAUCACAGAGUAAAAUGUAGAAGUUUUGCAAAAUUCGAUCACUUCUGCUUACUAGGAGGAAAAUUUGUUUUUGAUGAAGAGGAUUACUGCAAUUUAAACGACACAGCGCCUAUUCAAGACCUUGAGUGUCCGGUAGGAUACUUCAGGUGUUCCGAUAAAUCAAACUGUGUGGAUAAAGAACGUUACUGCGACAGAAUCCCAGACUGUAGUGAUGGAAGCGACGAAAUUGUGUACAAUGCCUCAAUUCAUACAGAGGAAGAUGGUUAUUCUUGUUACAUAGAUGAAUGGCAAUAUCCAAAUUGUCUCCUUCCCGUAGGAGGACAUCCGAAUCCACAUGAUUGGUGUGAUCCCGAAGCAGAAUGUAGUCCAGAUGAGUUCUUAUGCGAGGAUGGGAAGCUGUGUAUUCCAAAGACACAGUAUUGUAAUUUGGAAAAAGACUGCAGGGAUGGGAGCGAUGAAAUUGUCUACGAUUCAUCAAUAUUAAAACCAAAUGAUCACAGAGUUAAAUGUAGAAGUUUUGCAAAAGUAGAUCACUUCUGCUUACUAGGAGGAAAAUUCGGUUUCGAUGAAGAGGAUUACUGUAAUUUAAACGACACACCGUCUAUUCAAGCAGUUGCCUGCAAAGAAGGGUAUUUCAAAUGUUGGGAUGGAAAAAAGUGCAUCGAUUUUCAUAAUUUUUGCGACGAAAAAGUUCACUGCGAUGACGGGAGUGAUGAAAUAUUGUUCGACUCAGAGAUUCACACACCAGACAAUGGAGUGUCGUGUCAAAACAAAUAUAGAGAUAGAUUCUGUUUUCUACCUCACGGAUAUGAUUCGUCAAAGUAUUGUUUCUCUAUCGAAUUUGAUUGUCAUCCUGAAUGGUUUGUCUGUGCUAGUGGAACCCAGUGUGUUCAUAAAGAAGCAUUUUGUGACGGACAACCCUAUUGUCGUGAUGGAAGUGAUGAAGUUUUGUACAAUGAUUCUAUUCACACCGCCGAUGAUGGCGUUCCAUGUCGAGGUUACCGAGAUUUGACAAGAGUUUGUUUACUUCAUAAUUCUGUUGUUGACAGAGAAGAACACAUAUGUAAUAAAGAACGUGAGUGUCUAGUUGGAAACUUCAGGUGUUCCGAUAAAUCAGAAUGUGUGAAUAAAGAACGCUAUUGCGACAGAAACCCAGAUUGUAGCGAUGGAAGUGACGAAAUUGUAUACGAUGCCUCAAUUCAUACAGAGGAAGAUGGGUAUUCUUGUUACAUAGGUGAAUGGCAAUAUCCAAAUUGUCUACUUCCCGUAGGAGGACAUCCGAAACCGCAUCAUUUUUGUGACCCCGAAGUGGAAUGUCCCUAUGGAUUCUUAUGUGAGGAUGGAAAGCAAUGUAUUCCAAAAACACAGUAUUGCAAUUUGGAGAGAGACUGCAGGGAUGGAAGCGAUGAAAUUGUCUACAAUUCGUCAAUAUUAAAACCAAAUGAUCACAGAGUAAAAUGUAGAAGUUUUGCAAAAUUCGAUCACUUCUGCUUAUUAGGAGGAAAAUUUGUUUUUGAUGAAGAGGAUUACUGCAAUUUAAACGACACACCGCCUAUUCAAGUUGCCUGCAAAGAAGGGUAUUUCAGAUGUUGGGAUGGGAAAAAGUGCAUCGAUUUUCAUAAUUUUUGCGACGAAAGAGUUCACUGCGAUGACGGAAGUGAUGAAAUAUUGUUCGACUCAGAUAUUCACACACCAGACAACGGAGUGUCGUGUCAAAACAAAUAUAGAGACAGAUUCUGUUUUCUACCUCACGAAUAUGAUUCUUCAAAGUAUUGUUUCUCUAUCGAAUUUGAUUGUCGUCCUGAAUGGUUUGUCUGUGCCAGUGGAACUCAGUGUGUUUAUAAAGAAGCAUUUUGUGAUGGAUAUUCCAAUUGUCGUGAUGGAAGUGAUGAAGUUUUGUACAAAGAUUCAAUUCACACCGCUGGUGUACCAUGUCGAGGUUACCAAGAUUUGACAAGAGUUUGUUUACUUCAUAAUUCUGUUGUUGGCAGAGAAGAACACAUAUGUAAUAAAGAUCGAGAGUGUCCAGUUGGAUACUUCAUAUGUUCUGAUAAAUCAAGAUGUGUGGAAAAAGAACGCUUUUGCGACAGAAACCCUGAUUGUAGCGAUGGAAGCGACGAAAUCGUAUACAAUGCAUCAAUUCAUUCAGAUGAAGAUGGGUAUUCUUGUUACAUGGGAGAAUGGCAAUAUCCAAAUUGUCUACUUCCCGUAGGAGGACAUCGGAAACCGCUUCAGUUUUGUGACCCCGAAGUGGAAUGUCCCUAUGGAUUCUUAUGUGAGGAUGGGAAGCAAUGUAUUCCAAAAACACAGUAUUGCAAUUUAGAAAGAGACUGCAGGGAUGGAAGCGAUGAAAUUGUCUACGAUUUAUCGACAUUGGAACCUAAUGACCACAGAGUCAAAUGUAGAAGUUUUGCAAAAGUUGAUCACUUCUGCUUACUAGGAGGAAGAUUCACUUUUGAUGAAGGGGAUUUCUGUAAUUUAGAAUGUUCUAAUGACAGUUUCAUGUGCGACGACAAAUCAAAAUGUAUUGAACGCCAUCGAUUUUGUGACGGGAUAAAAGACUGCGCUGAUGGAAGUGACGAAAGACGAUUUAAUGAAUACAGAGACAAAAUUAAGGGUGUUGGAUGCAGAAGUUGGACUCUGUUGAGUCGUAUUUGCUUGUUGCCCACUGAUCAGGCUAAUAAAAGAAAGAACAUUUGUAACGUUGCACCUCGUAGGUGCGAUGCAGGGUUUUUCAGAUGCUUGUCAGGAAUGAAAUGCAUUCCGAAAGAAAAAUUUUGCGAUGGAAAACGAGAUUGCAGGGAUGAUGAAAUAGAAUAUGACGAGGCAAUCCAUAGUCCAGAUAUUGGAGUUCCAUGCCAGGGAAGAAAUGGAAAGAUCUGUCUCCUCCCUUCGAAAUUCAAAUCUAACAAUCACACUAACAUCUGUACAUGAAACGAAGAUGUGGACAGUGCAUGAGUUGAGCUAUGUUGUUGUUAAUAUGUUUUAUGGCGCUCAAAACAUCUGUGGUUAUUUGAGUCUAGCUUAUAAGUGAAAUCGCAAUUUCAGAAUCUGACAAAUGCGGAUUUUUGUUGUAGCUGUGCGUAUCGGUGUUAUUUGCAAAAAUGUAAUGGGUGAAAAUUGCAAUAAAAAUAUUAUAUAGA